AGCUAAAAGGCUUAUCUACUUGGGAAAUAAUAUGAAAUAUAUAUGUAUUCGAUAUAUAUUUCGAAACUUAAUUUCAGACCUACUCCCAUCUCAUUUCUUAUCUCCCUCUCUUCUUUUACGGCCUCUCUCUCUCUCCUUCUCUUCUCUCGUUUUAUUUGGUAGUGAGGAUGGAUAUGUACAAAGAUGAUAGCUCACCAUACUGUUAUUUCCACCCGAAGGAAGAAUAUGUGGGAGUGUGUCCACUCUGUUUGAACGAGAGGCUUCUGGUUUUAGCUUCAAAGCAGAGAUCGUCAAGAACCAAACAUUCUUCAUCUUCAUCAAUCAUUAGCCUCCCUAAGAUCUUUGCCUUUAGCGCUCUCCUCAGUCGCCUCGAUCUCAGGCACCACCGGAAAUUCAGUCCACCAUCCGAUCUUGACGUCUCCACAAGCCAAGAAGAUUCUUUUAUAUCAAUCAAAUUCGAAAAUGAUGGAAACGCGUCGUGGGAAAAGAAAACAGAGUGUGUAGACAACAUCAACUCAACAUGUAAAGAGCAGCAGUCCCUAAUAACUAGCAGUACUAGUAUCGUAGAGCGUAAAAGUGUCAAGUCAUCUCUGAGGUGGCGCAAACGUAUUGGCCAUCUUUUUCACGUAAUUAAACUAAGAUCAGGAUUGUCCACCUCUUCUCGUCAUGUGGCAUCAUCAUCCAAGGUCGAAGGAACCAAAGUGAGGAAACAGGGUUGGGUGGUGAGGACCUUAACCAGAAGAAAAACCAGGAAAAGUAAAAAUUGAAUUUUUCAUAUAUUUAUUUACUACACCUAAAACAAAUAAUUUUUUGGUGUUUAAAAAAACAAAUAUUUAUAUUGCUUUUUUAUAGUUUAAUAUUUGGUUUGGUCGUUUUGUCAAUGAUUGACGCUUCUGUUUAAAGAAAAAAUAUUUUGAAGUUUUUUCUGUUGUAAGUAAUGAUAAUGCUGGAAAACCCAUAAAUUAAAUUGUUGAAUUGAAUAGAUUUUUGUAAAACUAGGUGUAUUACAUAUAAUCUUUUAGUUUUUAACCAAAUAAUUUACAUAUAAUUUCUAAAGCAUAUGUAAAAGGCACAAGAGGCUUGCCAUGUACCAUACUUCUUUGUUGGCUUGUGGUCUGUAUCUGAUAAAGCUUAUUAAAAGAUGGGAGAAGGGUCAAAAUAGCCUUUUAUCAUUAUUUUUAAAAUAAUAGUAUUUCACUUUUUCUUGUUUAGUUUUAAUGGUUUUCCUCGAUUGGAGACUUCGUCUUUUCUAAUGAGGGUUUUAUCUUAGGAGGCUUGUAAUCUGCCAGCAAUGUAUCUCGACAAUAAUCUUUCACAUUUGUAAUUUGCCAGUGUUAAUGAAAUUAAUUCCAGUAAAAGAAA